UGAGCAGAGAUUAACACGCUGCUCCUCCUGCUAAGCCCCGAGGAUGGAGAAGCAUUCAUCUGAAAUAAUAAAAAACAAUUAAAAAGGUCGAGUGCAGACUGAGACUGAACGUUGUUUUUCCUCUGUGGUCGGAGGAAGAGGAGGGAGGAAGAUGUCCAUUGAUCGGAGCAGCUGGGUGUGUUUGACCAACAUGAAUGAAUCGCGGCGCUGACGUUAUGCCCGCUCUGUGUGUGUCCUUGAUGGCAACGUAUAAAAGUCCAGGAGCUGCUGGAAGCCGCAGAAGAGACGAAGAGCGACCAAGACGUCUUCAUCCAGAACCAGAAGAACAGCAGCAGCAAUAAGAGGAGAAGAAACAAACGCUGGAUCAUGUGUCCUGUGUGGCUAUUGGUGGCUGUGGUGAUUGUGGGCGGGGCCACAGGAGCUGUUAGCCAAUGCUGGGAGCAUCCGAGCUGCCAGGACCUGAACUCUGAGAGCGGCAUGAUGGAGUGCAUCCACGCCUGUCACUCUGACCUCACCGCUGAGACCCCCCUCAUCCCAGGGGAAGCCCACCUCCUGCCUCCCCCGCCUCCCCCCUCAGAGCUCUCCCCCUUCCCCUCCUCCUCCCCCCAGGCCAAGCGCUCCUACUCCAUGGAGCAUUUCCGCUGGGGGAAGCCUGUGGGCCGGAAGCGCCGCCCGGUCAAGGUCUACACCUCCAACGGCGUCCAGGGGGAGUCCACCGAGGUGUUCCCCGGAGAGAUGAGGAGGAGGGAGCUGGCCAAUGAGCUGCUGGCAGCAGCCGAGGAGCAGGAGGUGAUGGAGGAGGCGUCGGAGGAGCACCAGCGGCUCCUGGGGGGCCUGCAGGAGAAGAAGGACGGUUCAUACAAGAUGAAGCAUUUCCGCUGGGGGGGCCCGCCGGCCGGGAAACGCUACGGAGGGUUCAUGAAGAGCUGGGAGGAGGGGCGCCAGAAGCCGCUGGUGACGCUCCUGAAGAACAUCAUCAACAAGGAGGAGCAGGUGUGAGAGGAGGAGCAGGUGUGAGAGGAGGAGCAGGUGUGAGAGGAGGAGCAGGUGUGAGAGGAGGAGCAGGUGUGAGAGGAGGAGCGGGUGUGAGAGGAGGAGCGGGUGUUCAGCAGCGACCAAUAAAAAGCUGAGAAACUUCUGGAUGUGACGUGAUUUUCCCUGACAUGAAGGCAAAGCGAUGAAGAUGUUUUGAUAUUUAUUGUUUCAUGUAAAUAACUGUAUUUAUUACAUAUGAAAACAAAGAGUUAUU